AUGGGUGUCUUCGGCAAGACCACACACGUCGAGCGCGAAUCGUCCAUCAACCAGGAGAAAGAUGGGCCGUCGUCGGCGGGCAUUCAUCAUGCCGAGACCUCGGCGGCCCACACGCCGGUGAACGGCUCGGGCAAAGGCGCUGUCGCGCACGGGAAAGCGGGCGACGCCGCGGAAGAGCUGCCGCUGACCUCGCUGGCCGUUCUGCUGGGUGGCAUCGCGUCGAUCGGAGGAUUCAUGUUUGGGUACGAGUCGGGUCAGAUAUCCGGCUUCCUCGCCAUGAGCGAUUUCCUGGAUCGAUUCGGAGAGAACGGCGAGUUCUCGGCGGUCCGCCAGGGAACCAUUGUCGGCCUGCUCUGCAUCGGGACCCUGAUCGGAUGCCUGGUCAGUGGGUGGCUCGCGGACAAGAUCGGACGUCGAUACACCAUCUCCUCUUCCGCCUUCUUCUACAUCAUCGGCGUCGUCAUUGAGAUUACCAGCGACCGACAGUGGGUUCAGUUCGCCAUGGGACGAUUCACGGCGGGCUUGGGUAUCGGGGCCCUGUCCACCAGUGUCCCGAUGUACCAGACGGAAAGUGUGCCGAAGAACAUCCGAGGCGCCACCGUCAGCUCCUACCAGUUGCUGAUUACCCUGGGUAUCUGGACCGCCUACAUGGUUAACUACGGCACCGAAGGUGCAUUCGACAACUCCGCUCAGUGGAGAAUUCCCAAUGGUCUCUCGGCCUUGUGGGCCGUCAUCCUGGGUGUCGCCAUCCUCGCCCUGCCCGAAUCCCCUCGCUUCGCCUACCGUGCGGGCCGCGUCGAGGAGGCACGCAAGACCAUGGGCCGCCUCAGUGGCAUCGGCCCCUACCAUCCUCUCAUCGACCAGGAGAUUGCCGAGAUCGAAGAGAAGCUGGCUGCCGAGCGGGCGGGCGGGGACCACGCGCUCUCGGAGAUCUUCACCGGACCGCGCAUGCUGUACCGCACCCUCCUCGGCAUGACCCUGCAGGCAGGCCAGCAGCUCACCGGCGCCAACUUCUUCUUCUACUACGGCACAACUAUCUUCAAGUCCACGGGAAUCUCCAACUCGUACGUCACGUCCAUCAUCCUCGGCUCCGUCAACGUCGCGGCUACCGUCGGCGGUCUCUGGAUCGUCAAGAACUGUGGCCGCCGCAAGUCCCUGAUGGGCGGGGCGGCCGCCAUGUUUGUCUGCUUCAUGAUCUACGCCUUCGUCGGCCACUUCGGCCUCGACGCGGAGAACCCCAUGUCCACCGCGACCGAAGGCAAGGUCCUCAUCGUCUUCACCUGCCUCUUCAUCGUCGCGUUCGCCACGACCUGGGGUCCCCUCGUCUGGGCCAUCGUCGGCGAGCUCUAUCCAGCCCGCUACCGCGCGCCGUGCAUGGCGCUGGCCACGGCAUCCAACUGGCUCUUCAACUUCCUGAUCUCGUUCUUCACCACGUUCAUCACCCGCGAGAUCGAUUACUUCUACGGCCUCGUGUUUGGCGUCUGCUGCUUUGUGCUGUUCUGGAUCGUCUAUUUCUUCAUGAUGGAGACGAAGGAUCGGUCUCUGGAGGAGAUUGACACGAUGUACGUGCUCCGCGUGAAUCCCCGCACUUCGGCAUCCUGGGACGCCAAGUCAGCGGGCCACGACAGACGGCCGGGGAUGUGA